AUGACUGCCCAACAGUCAUCUGAGAGGCAGCAUUCACCAGCAGACAGCAGGAACCCCAGUUAUGUGACAGACGGCUUGCACCACUGGAGCUUGGAUGCAGUAGAUCACCUGGUGAGGUCUAAGAAUUGCUCUUCUGCCAGCAGCAUAACAUCCUCAUCUAGUCCUAUAACAUUUACAGAAUCGUCUAUCUGCGCGCAAUGCACCCUUGAAAUUCGGGACAAAUAUUUAUUAAAGGUGAAUAACUUAACUUGGCAUGUGAAAUGUCUGCAAUGCUCAGUGUGCAGAAUUGCUUUGCAUCAACACAGCACCUGCUACAUCAGGAAUCAGGAGGUCUUCUGUAAACUGGACUAUGAAAGUACCUUCGGCAUAAGGUGUGCCUGGUGCGAUCACCAGAUCAACACCUGUGACUGGGUGCGUCGGGCUAGGAGCUACACCUUCCACCUCGCCUGCUUUGUGUGCUUCUCUUGCAAAAGGCAGCUCUCAACAGGAGAAGAGUUUGGCUUGGUGGACAGCAGGGUACUGUGCCGCAUGCACUACGGGAUGUUUGUCAUUUUUUUUGUUUGUUUGUUUUCCUCUGGAGAUGGGACAAGUUUGGAGACGGUUCUGCUUUCAGACUGCCUGUCAAAGCCUUUCAAAAGAGCGCGCACUGCAUUCACCACAGAGCAGCUACAGCUCAUGCAGAUGCAGUUCACCCAGGAUAACAACCCCGAUGCCCAGACUUUGCAGAAACUGGCACGUAUGACUGGACUGAGCCGAAGAGUUAUACAGGUUUGGUUUCAAAAUUGUCGAGCGAGACAGAAGAAGCAUCCUGUCACCACUCCACUUCUGCAUGAGUUGCACCUCUUGGCUUUCAGCAGACCCGAGGGAGCGCAGCAAACCAAUCAUUCUCAUCUACAGCUGUCCAGACUGUUUCCAUGA